CAUACAACCCACAAUGAAUGCACCAGAAACCCAACUUUGGAGUCAUCUAAUCAGGACAAUGACUAAGCUCUUCGCUCGGAGAGCUCAGGUUGUCCCGCAGUCAGCAAGCGCCGGAAACGAGCUCGCCGGCGACGGCGCUGAUACUUACGUACUGACAUCCGCCGGCCAGCGAAUUCCUGCUCGUUCCAACAUACUGGCAUCAAUGUCGCCUGUGCUGGAGAGAAAACUGAAUUCUCGGAAGAAUCAUGGGAGGUCGGAGAAGGUGAUUCGGAUUCUUGGAGCCCCUAACGAUGCUGUUCUUGCUUUCGUUGCUUUGCUUCAUGCCGGAUCCGACAAAGAGGGAGAGGAAAUAAUGAGAAAAAACGGGAUGCAUCUGCUUGUUCUGUCGCACGUGUAUCAAGUCAAGUGGCUCAAGCGCGCGUGCGAGAAAUGGCUCGCGUCUUGGCUCAACGUCGAAGUGGUGGUGGACGUGCUGAAGCUUGCGCGGCUGUGCGACGCGGAUUGGCUUGCCUUCCACUGCUUCAAGCUGAUACAUAAGGAUUAUACCACCGUACAGACAAGCGACGCGUGGCUUUUCUUACAGAACAACGAUCCUUGGCUCGAGCUCUCCAUUCUCCAAUUUCUUCAUGAUUCAGAUACUAGGGAAAAGGAAAUUAGAAGAAAUAAGGAAGAGCAGAAGACAUACCAGCAGCUUAGUGAGGCAAUGAUCUGCCUUGAGCACAUCUUCAAAGAAGGUUGCACAGACAUUAAGCCCGAUCGGCGCCAGAAGAGCUGCUGCCCGUCCUCCUCCUCCUGCCAACCACUUCAGCUCCUCCUUCACCACUUCUCCAAAUGUAACGGCGACCGUUCUACCUGCUCUCGCUGCCGUCGAAUAUGGGAACUCUUGAAGCUUCAUUCUGCAGUCUGCAUGGCUCAGGAUUCCACGGACUGCAAGGUUCCAUUAUGCAGGCAAUUUAGGUACAGAUUCCAGAAAUUGGAAGGGAAAUUAGAGGAAAGAAAGUGGAUGAUAUUGGGGAAGAAGCUGGCAUCAAAUAUGGCCUUUUCAAGUUUGGCAAAGAGGAAGAUGCCAGAAUGUGGUCUUGGUUUGGGCUUGGGAUGAUGCUUGCAACUUAUUUCUAUAGAGAUGAUAAGAAAAUGUGAAAAAAAAAUCAGUAGCCGUUAGUUGUGCGAGGGGAUGAAGAAAUCUAUUCGAUGGCUUCGCAAGUGAUGAUUGAACAAAAAGGUCUAGCAUAUAAGUGAACUCGAGCGAGUAGUAAGGUUUGGGCUGAAACACACGUAUUUAGGAAAAUGAGAUCGAGCAAAGCUUAAGCUCAAGGGGCCGUGUAAGAAAUUAAUUUCGGGCUUGUGAGUAAGGGCAUUGUUGAUAAUGGUACUUCUUGUAAUAACAUACAAUAAAUUAUAUUAAUUAUGAUAAUUAAUGUAAUCAGCUUUUAUCUUGUUUA